AUGGCCUGUGUCCAUUCAGGCGCUUCAGAUCUCAGCCCGCCAGGGCCUACUCAGGCUGUGUACCGAGAGGAUUGCACCCAGUGCUUCGAUUCUAUUCCUGGUAUUGACGGUUUCAAGGACGAUGACGCUGGUCUCAAUGUCUGCCUUCAUUGCUUCAACGGAGGCUGUGCUGGGGACAGAGACCACGCCUUGCUUCACUUCAAACGCUAUGGGCAUGCCCUAGCUCUGAACAUUCGACGAACUCAGAAGCAAGUGCAGCGCGACGAGCCUCCCCCCAAAAUCUCGAAACUUGCGAUUGCCGCCGAGACGGAAGAAGACCGUUAUGAUGUUGUGACCUCGGUAGUGUGCUAUGCAUGCCCUCAGGAAAAUGUGGACAAAUCAACUGGAAACCUACCCGCGGUGAUCGAGGGCAUCAUGACCGCAAUGACCUUCUCGAAACGAGAGGAAGUCAAGGCCUGGGAGCAAGAGUUUGUAUCUUGCGAGCAUACUUUGUGUUUAACUCAGGAAGAUGUUGCAGACUCGGAAUCUAAAGAUUCUAGCCAGUGUACAGCCUGCGACUUGCAAGAAAACCUCUGGCUUUGCUUGGAAUGUGGUAAUACCGCGUGUGGGCGUAGCCAGUUGGGGGGGGCUCGGGGAAACUCCCAUGCGCUUGCCCACGCUGAGGCAACAUCCCACGCUGUUGCCGUCAAACUAGGGUCUAUCACUGCAGAAGGGUCGGCUGACAUCUACUGUUACAAAUGCAAUGAGGAACGGACGGAUCCAGAACUUGUCAAUCACCUUGCUCAUUGGGGAAUCUACCUGGCUGGACGCGAAAAGACAGAGAAAAGCUUGAUGGAGAUGCAGGUUGAGCAUAACUUGCAAUGGGAUUUCUCCAUGACCACCGAGGAUGGUCGUGAGCUCGUGCCAGUUUAUGGUCCUGGAUUUACUGGGUUGGCCAACCUCGGAAACAGCUGCUAUCUUUCCAGUGUGAUGCAGUGCAUUUUUUCCACUUCGGGCUUUCAGAGUCGAUACUACCACCCAUCUGAAGAACCGCCAGUCUGCCAGGUCCCAGCACAAGACAUAGAGACCCAGUUGAGGAAGCUUGCAGAUGGCUUACUCUCUGGCCGGUACUCGCGACCAGACCCCCGUGUCAUUGCAUCCGCUCCCGCGUCGGAAGGCCCUUCCUCUUCUCCCCAUCAAAAAGGGUUGGUACCAGCUAUGUUCAAAUAUCUCAUUGGACAGGGCCACCCGGAAUUUGCCACUAUGAGACAACAGGAUGCAUUCGAAUUUUUGUUGCAUCUAUUCAAAUCCGUUAGCCUUUCGAAACACACAGAUGGCCAGGUCAACCCUGUGGAAAACUUUCGAUUCGAGGUUGAGCAGCGCCUGCAAUGCCUUGGAUGCAAGAAGGUCCGGUACAAAGUGGAUGAACAGGACAAUAUUUCUGUCGCAGUACCUGCGCACCGCAUUGCAGGAGAGAAGGAUCAGUUUGAAUCGGUGACAUUGUCCGAGUGCUUGGACAUCUUCACUGCGGAAGAAAUCGUUGAACUUACUUGUCCGGCAUGCGAGAGCCAAGCCGGGUUUUCCAAGAAAACCACCUUCAAGACUCUACCUCAAGAGCUUGCUGUCAAUGCCCGCCGCUUUGAGCUGGUCAAGUGGGUACCAACAAAGCUGGACAUCCCCGUAGUCGUCAGCGAUGAGCCAAUUGACUUUGAUCCAUAUCUGGCUGGAGCGCAUGAUCCAAAUGAGGAGCCCCUUCCGGAGAUUCAGGAAAGCGCGAAGUUUGUGGCCAACCCGGAGAUUCUAGAUCAACUUCUGGGUAUGGGUUUCCCCACACCUCGGUGUGAAAAGGCCCUCCAUGCAACCGGCAACUCUGAUGUGGAAGCUGCUAUGAAUUGGCUCUUUGCCCACAUGGAAGACCCGGAUAUUGACGAACCUCUUGUGUUGGAUCAAUCUGCCGGUGGUGCAAAGGCAAUGGAACAGGAUGAGUCCAAAAUUUCCCAACUAGGUGAGAUGGGGAUUGAUGCCUCACGUGCUCGAAGAGCUCUUGCUGCGACCGAUGGAGAUGUCAACCGAGCUGUGGAUUGGGUGUUCACACAUCCUGAUGAUGACGACGAUGAUAUGGAUGGUCAGAACGACACUGCCGGUCAAACGCAUCAAGGCCCGUUCGGGUAUGAUACCUUGCCAGCUCGGUAUCAAUUACGGUCAUUUGUCUGUCAUAAAGGAUCAUCUGUACACGCAGGUCAUUACGUGGCCUUCAUCCGUAAGUCGCUGGCAAGCGAAGACUCUCCACCAUGGAUACUAUUCAAUGAUGAAAAGGUUGUGGAGUGUGAGAAGAUUGAUGAUAUGAAGAAGACCGCCUAUCUAUAUUUUUUGACUCGUGUCUAG